CGAAAUAUUUGUAAUUUUAGCAGCUUCUGGUGCAGCAAGAUGUAAAUAUUUGACACUAAAGUUUCAAAAAAUGGUCUUGCUGUAAAUCUAUUCAUCAUUAUAACAUUUUGAUAUAAGCUUACUAUUUAUUUUCCUAACUGCGGUCCACUUCCGGUUAACAGGUCUGCACUGAUAAAUAGUUGAUCUUCCAAAAAUAGAAAAGUGCAUUUGAUAUCAGGUGUAAGAUUGACUGUUUGACUGAUGACCUAACCUAUUUCUACAGGUGACUUUAUAUACAACAUGAGUGAUACAAGGAAAAAGAGAUACAGCACAGGCAUCCGAAUGCGAUCAGACAACGGCGAAAAUAAUUAUCACAGAAACUCGUCUGCUCAAAGUGUUGCAUACAACAAAACUGGUCGCAAUAACAAUUCACAAAACUCGACAUCGAAUUAUCAUAGAAUGAACAGUCAUGAUAGAGUUAGAAAAAUAGUGCAAGAAGAGGGAAGAACUGCUAGAAAUCUUGUCAUCUACAAUGUACCUGUAGAACAAAGACGAUCAAGCUCAGGACAAGGCUACCCUGGUAGACCGAGAAAGCUUUCACAGAAAGAUAAUCAACAAAGACCACAAGCUAAACACAGACCAUCAUCAUUAGAGGACCAAUCAUCAUAUAAACAAGACCUAACUAGAUCUCCUAGAUCAGAUGGAGGGACCAGAAAGAGUGAUCGGAGGGCCAGAUACUGGAAAUUUCUAUUUGACAAUCUACAAAGAGCUGUUGAUGCUAUUUAUGAAACAUGUGAACAAGAUGAAAGUGUAGUAGAAUGCAAGGAAGUUAUUAUGAUGCUGGAACAAAGUACCAAUGAUUUCAAAUCUCUAAUAGACAGAAUGCAUCUAAUGAAAGCUUAUGAUGAUGCCACAAGAGAGGGGGACAGACCAGCUCCUAUAGCCUGGGAAGUAAGAAAGAUGUCUCCUGGAAAAACAGCACAUUCUCAAGUGCCAUCCAGAAACUCACCAAGUCCUGCUCAGAGAGUUCUAGAGUUUAAUGAGCCCAAUAAAAGUCCAGGAAAUAGUUGGGCAGAUAGAGUGAAGGGCAUUGUACCUCCAUCACCCUUGUCUCCAAGUGAAGAGAAGCUAAACUUGUCAGAAACUCAAGAGUCUCCUAUAUUAACUCUACCAUCACCACCAGCCCAUCAGAAUGGAUUGUCUGCUUCAGAACCAGAUACUGAUGGCAGUAACACCAUUGAAGAUGAUGGUUGGGAAACAGUACAAAGGGGAAGUAAAUCUAGAUCUAGAAAUUCCUUAGAAAAUCUAUCAACUGUUGGAAGGCCAGCUAAAGUCAUUACAAGAACUCUGUCUGAUCCCCAUUCUCCAUUGAUCAAGAAAAAUAAAGGACAUUUCAAUACAAUGAAAAAAUCUUUGUCAGAUGGUAAUCAGACUGUUCCUAAUAAAAGUGCUAGGCAUGAUAGUGAGAAGGAAAAUGAACCAGUCAAAGGUAGAAAUGAUGCAAGUAAGAAUUCCUCACCAGCUAUAAAUAAUACCAGCCGUUCCUAUAGUGGGACUGUUAAAGGGACCAACACUCAAAGCAAACACGCUGUGAUAAGCAAUGCUAAAACUGUAAAGGACACAAAAACAAUUAAAGAGAGACCGCAAAGUCUGACAGACUCUAAGGUUAUAGCAAAAACUACAAGAAAUAUAAAUAGUCCUAGAGGUGAAAAUGUAAGGAAUAUCAGCAGUCCAAGAGGUGAAAAUGUGAGAAAUCUCAGCAGCCCAAGAGUAGAUACUGCAAGGAAUGUUAGUAGUCCAAGAGGGGAAUUGAAAACAACACCAACAUUAGCUUCAAAACCUCCAUCUGGCAGUAAGAUGGAGAGGUCUAGAGCAAGUCCACAGACCACUUUGAAGAAAAGUGAAACUGAUCUUGCUAAAAUUGAAACAAAAGAAUUUCGCACAAGAAAUAUAUCUGAGAGUAAAGAUGAUACUGAAGAAGACAUUAGUCAAAUUGAAGAUGCUUUAGCAUCUGUUAUUGAUGAGGAGAAUGACCUGACUGAUGAGUUGGUGAAGGCUCAGGAACAGGCUCUGGAGAAUGUCAUCCAGGAGGAAGAGUCCUGGCUCAAAGAACUGGCAAAGGAGGAGAACACAGUCAUUGAUGUGGAAACAGAAACAGAAACAGAAAGUGAAUUAGGGAACACAAUGGGUUCCUCCUUAGACAAUUCACAACAGACACUGGACUGGGAUGCAAUGGUCGCUCUCUAUGAAGAGGAGAAGGCAAGUGGAGUUAAUAAAUCUUGGGGAGAUCUUGUAGAAGAUGAUGAGGAUGAGGUUAGAACACCAGGACAUGCUGUUCAUAUGCAUGAAAAGCUAUCAUCACCUUCUCGUAAAAGAUCACCUACAGAAUCAAAGAAAAGACAUGAAGAAAAACAAGCCAAAGCCCAAGAACAAAGAGAAAAACUAAUGCAAGAGAAAGCUGAAAGACUGAAAGAAUUGUCUAAAAAGGUGGAAGAAGUGAGAGCAUUAAAAGAUGAUUUGAUGAACCAGAAGAAAGAAACAAUCUUAAGGAAAAUGCAGAAAGCUGAAGAGAAAAGAGAAAUCCAACUUAGAUUGAAAGCACGGAAAGCUCAUGAAGAGGAAGCCAAGGCAAAUGAAAUAGCUUUCAUAAAUACAUUAGAAGCCCAGAAUAAAAGACAUGAAAUAAUGUCUAAACAUCAAGUCUCAGAGGCAAGGCUACAAGAUAUUCAGGAAGAGCGUCAGAGGAAACAUGAGGAGAAACUAGCUAAAGAGGCAGCUGUAGAGGAGAGGAGGAAAGCUUUAGAGGCAGAGAAACAAGCAAGGCUAAAGGAAAUGGAGGAAAAGAGGAAGCAAAGAGAAAACAGAUUUACAGCUCAGCAGCUGGAGAAGGAAAAGGAGAGAUCUGAUGCUCUGAGAGCAAAGGAAAAGGAAAGAGAUGAAAGAUUGGCAGUGUUAAAUGCCCAGCAUGAAGCUCAUAUCCAAGAAUUACAGAAAAAGAUACAACAAAAGCAAGAUGAAUCCACUGCGAGACAUAAGGAAGCUUUACAACAGAUCCGAGAGAAAGCAUUUGAGAUGAGUGUGCUAAGACAUUCUACAGAGGAUCAUAACGAUGCCCCUACUAGUACUCCAUACGAGAAAAAGAAACUCUGUACUAUUUGUAAUGCACUGAUCAUAUCAGAAGUGUAUUUAUUGAGCCAUCUGAGAGGAAAGAAGCAUCAACAAGCUCUUAAAGACAACAAUUCUGGUAGAUCUAUGUGUAAAGAGGAAAUUGAAAAGUUUAACUUGAAGCAUAUCGUAGAUGCUCCCAGUAACAGCACUCAUCCUAAGAUAGUAUCAGAGAAGGAAAGACUCAAGUCUAUGAAGAAGAGAUGCAAGAAACUCAGACAGAGGAUGACAACCAGGGGGUUAGAAUACGAAAGUUCUUUGUCAGGAAAACAGCAAUCGAUUGAAUCAGAGCACAAAGCCAAGUUGCACAAAGUGAUUAAAGACAUAACUAAGUACCUGCAGAAUACAGAAAAGGGUCCAUGGUCACAAAGUCGAGUUUCUGCCUUAGAUAGAGCACUUGGAGAAAUUUCAAGAAUUUUAGAUAAAAAGAUACCAGCAGACCAGACAUGUUUGAGAGUACUAAGUGGUUUAAAUACGUUAUCUAGGAUAUUAUUGCUAGUUGAUGCAGCAAAUCCAGAGUUACCUCCCAUUCUACCACAAAAGUCUAUUAUAUUAACCUGUACAGUUUUUAGACAAGCAUGUAAAGGUUGCUAUGACAACUGCCAUUAUAUGAUGUUCAGUAAUAAAGUGGGAAACGUUUUAGAAUUACUGUCUCAGAGACUGUUGGUUAUGAUGCCAAAUGAUCAGAAUUUAGUAUCCCUGUCAUCAUCCAGUAGUCAGCCAGCAUCUCUACCUUAUGAUGCAGUAGCUGUUAGUACCCUACAGCUUGUAUCUACUGUCCUCUCCUGUCUGGCCAAACAUAAUCCGUCCAUUAACAGUAGUGAGGCCUCUAUGGAGAGGAUGAGUGGCACAGGUGAUGCUUUCAUGAGUCGAGGAAAUGAUAUGAUUAGUUACAUGAUCAGUGUUGGCAUUGUAGAUAAGUUGACCCAGUAUUUUAGAAGUGUCCAGGGUCCACUCCAUGAUGAUAAAGACGCUGCAGAAUUCCUCCAGCAUGGACUGGGUCUGUUGGUAGCUGUUACAAAGUUCAUGUCUAAGAGAAAUAAUGCAAUCUUUGAAAAGAAGAAGCAAGAAGACCCUACAACUCUGAUAAAUACAUUUGAAGUAACAGAACUUGUAGGAAUUGUGUCUCUGUUGUAUGGUAUGCUGCUCCAUUCAGGGACACCUAGUAGAAGUGACACGCCCCCUCCAGAACUUCCUCCAGCUACAUUACAAAUCACAAUCACAGGACUGAAGAUGCUUAACUAUAUGGCAGUUCUUAAUCUGGACAUGUUACAGAAAACUUUAGGAGAAGAAGGAUCUUCGUUAGAGUUCCGACAUAUAGCCAGUUAUUCCAUGUGGUACUGUGUACACCAUCAGUGUGAAGAACUGUUACAUGAAGUCAUAGUGUGUGUGGGAUACUUUACAGUCCUUAAUCCAGAUAAUCAGGUUGUGAUACAGUCAGGCCAGUCUCCUACAAUCUUACAACAAAUGUGCUCCCUCCCAUUCCAUUACUUCAGUGAUCCUAGGCUGACUACAAUCCUGUUUCCAACACUGAUAGCCUGCUGUUAUAACAACCAAUCCAACAGAGAAAUCCUAGAACAAGAACUUAGUUGUGUGCUGUUAUCCAAUUUUAUAGAGGAAAAGCAGCUUGAAAACCAACAGUCUUCAUUAUCUACAAAGAAAGAAAAAGAGAAGGCAAAAGAAGGAGACCAAAGAAUGGUGCUAGGUAGCAGAUUCCCUAUGGAACAAUGGACCACAGCCCAAGAAUAUUUCAAAAUCUCAUAAAACUAUCUUAUGUCUGUUGUGUAGCUUUAAUAUGAAAUAUCAAAGCUAUUGAAGUUAUUCACAAUUGCUAAGUCUUGUUAAUGCUUGUAGCUUCCUUAUGUGAAGAUUUCUAUAAGAAAUAUCAAGGUGAUAAUUCUUAGCCCUUAAAACUGAGCACCAUCUAUUGACAUUACAUAGAUGGGACUGAUUGUGUUUAAAACCUAGACAAACAUAAACAUAUACAGUCUCAUUGAGGCCAGAGUAUACACAUUGUAAUCUUUAAAUUACUGAUGUAAUUCCUCCUUAGAUAGGAAGAGUUUGGUAUGUUUAUGCAGAUCUAGGUACAGAGAAUCUGGUAUGUUUGUCAAGGCGUAGUGUAUCCAAAAUAAAAGGAUUUUCAGCUCACAUCAUUAAGGGCAACAAGUCAUGAUCUGUCUCAAAUUUCUGGACGUUUAUUAUCAGUAAGGUUGUUUAUGUGUUUGUGAACUGCAUUGAAUUUGUCUUAUUUUGACCAUUAUAUUUGCAAACUAAAACUGUAUUUAGUUUUAAAAUUGAAAUCCAUUUUUUGUGCAUAUUUUUCUUCAUGUAUGUUUAUUUUUUAGUGUUUUGUUAUUGAGUAGGAGUAGUCACUUUUUUUUUUUAUCUUUUUUAAAACAUUCCAGUAUAUGUUUGUUUAGGGCCUGUUUUUCCAAGAAUCUCACUGUUCUUAAUCCACUCUUCUUUCUACCUCAACAAGCCAAAGGUUAGUUUAUGUCAUUUCUUGGUCUUUGUAGAACAUCUUCUUUCAAAAAUUCGAUUUAUAAUAAUAGUUUUAUGUGAAAGAAAUGUAACAGUUUAUUGAAUGGGAAAAAAAUGACAUGAUCAUAUACCAUGGACAGUUUUCACUAAAAAAAAUUGAGGGACAAACAAUUACAUGUACUCAAUUUUGCAACUAUAAGCAAUGUACUUUUAAGUUUUUUCUUCAAAAUUUAAUUACAUCUGGCCCAAGCCCAAUUUCUGUUUACUACCACAGGAUAAGAGUGAUAAAUUGCAGAAAGACCCCAACCUCAAUUAUUGAAAUCUCUCCUUUUGCAUUAACCAUAAUAUAUUGGUGUAUUUAUGAUUUGUGAAAAUUGUAUGGUUGUGAUAAAGUGAAGUUUGUUGUUUUAUCAAUGUACAAAAAAUGUAUAAGAAGUGCCAUACAU